ACUUUGUGGCCAGUUUUUUAUGCAGUGAGUGAUUAGCUUGCAAUUUGACAUGGCAGUUGGGCUGGAUAUUCAAAGUGAUGGCAGGGAAUAUGCUGGCAAGAUUACAGGAUUUCUGGUUUUAUCUUGCAUGAUUGCUGCUACUGGAGGAAUAAUCUAUGGUUAUGACCUUGGAAUUUCAGGUGGGUUGACCUCAAUGGAAUCAUUUCUGAAGGAAUUCUUUCCACAAGUAUACGACAAAAUGAAGGAAGAUACGAAGAUAAGCAACUAUUGCAAAUUUGAUAGCCAACUGUUGACACUUUUCACUUCCUCUCUCUAUAUAGCUGGUCUUAUUGCCUCUUUCUUUGCUUCGCCGGUCACUAGGACCUUUGGUCGGAAGAUAUCAAUCUUGAUUGGUGGAACGGCAUUGAUAGCCGGUGCUACCCUUGGUGGAGCGUCUUAUAAUAUUUACAUGCUAUUGCUUGGUCGUGUUUUGCUCGGUAUUGGUCUGGGUUAUACAAAUCAGGCAAUUCCAUUAUACCUCUCAGAAAUGGCACUCUCCAAAUACAGAGGAGCUUUCAACACUGGUUUUCAAAUCUGUCUUAACAUUGGUUUUAUACUAGCCACAUUCAUAAACUAUUGUGCUGUUAAAAUCGGAGGAGGUUGGGGUUGGCGAAUUUCAUUAGCAAUGGCUGCAGCCCCUGCUGCAAUUCUGACUAUUGGGGCGUUUUUCCUCCCGGAGACACCAAAUAGCCUAAUUGAGCACGAAAAUGAUCACGAAAAGGCCAAACGAAUGCUGCAAAGAAUCCGAGGUGUUGAUGAUGUCCAAGUAGAACUAGACGAUCUCAUAAAAGCAAGUAAUGCUUCAAAGUCUGUCAAACACCCGUUUAAGAAUCUGUUGCAAAGAAAAUAUAGGCCUCAACUCGUUAUGUCAAUAGCAAUUCCGUUCUUCCUACAAGUGAAUUUAUUUUCAAUGAAACAUGUACCUGCAUCAAAUAAUAUCUAA